GCGCAGCAGCCUCCCCGGGGCCUGGGAGCGAGACCGAGGGCCAUGGCCGAGGCGGCGCCUGCUCCGAUUCCAGAAUGGGAAUCAGAAUGUACCACUUCACUGCAGUCCCUCCCACUGCCAAGUGAGGCCCACCUGCAGACAGCAGCCAUUUCCCUGUGGACAGUUGUGGCAGCAGUUCAGGCUGUAGAGAGAAAGGUGGAGGUGCACAGCCGGCGGCUUCUGCAUCUGGAAGGGAGAACAGGGGCAGCCGAGAACAAGCUGAACAACUGUGAAAAAACAGUGGCAGAUCUUGGGAACCAGCUGGAGGGAAAAUGGGCUGUGUUGGGGACCCUGCUCCAAGAGUAUGGGCUGCUGCAGCGGAGGCUAGAAAACAUGGAGAACCUGCUGAGAAAUAGGAAUUUCUGGAUCCUCCGGCUUCCCCCAGGUAUUAAAGGAGAUAUCCCAAAGGUGCCAGUGACGUUUGAUGAUGUCUCCAUCUACUUUUCUACGCCAGAAUGGGAGAAGUUAGAAGAAUGGCAGAAGGAACUUUACAAGAACAUAAUGAAGGGCAACUAUGAGUCUCUCAUCUCAAUGGACUAUGCCAUGACACAACCUGAAGUUUUGUCCCAAACUCAACCAGAGUCACAGCAGAAUACAGAGAACCAAGUAAGACCCGAUGAGAGUGAGAUGACUGCAGAACCCAGCGAUGAGCCAGGCAUUUCCACGUCAGACAUUCUCUCCUGGAUUAAACAAGAAGAUGACCCCCAGGUGGAAGGUCCACAGGACCCUGAAGAGAGUGACAUUUACAAAGGCACCUAUGCUGAUGAUGAGCUUGCCAUCAAAGCCGAAGGGCUUGCUGGAGGCCCUCUGUGUUCAGAUGCCCAGGUUACCUCUGCCAACCCUUCAGCAGUGUCAAAAGAUGCUUUCCAGGAUGCAGCUUUCAAGAGCCAGCAUCCUCCACCCAUACUACCCUCUGGACCUCAGCUUAAUAACCCCAUUGACCCCCUCGGGGGACAGGCUAAUUUCACCCAGCUGGGCAACCUUCCCCUUCCCCCCCAAUCAGGGGAGCAACAGCAACUCUUCCCUUGUCGUCGUUGUGGCAAGAAUUUUAACCAGAAGGAAAUGCUGAUGGACCACCAGAGUAGUCAUGCUGGUGAGCGUCCUUUUGCAUGUGCCCAGUGUCCUAAGCGUUUUGCCCAACAGGCCAACCUCAGCAAUCAUGCCCGAGUGCAUACAACUGAGCGGGCCCAUACCUGCCCACAUUGCUCCAAGAGCUUUGUGCACCCCUCUCGGCUUGCCUAUCACCUGCGAGUCCACAGUGGUGAACGGCCCUUUCCAUGUCCAGAAUGCCCCAAGCGUUUUACUGACCAGUCUCGGCUCACUAGCCACCGACGUGGCCACUCUGGGGAGCGCCCGUUUCGCUGUUCUCAGUGUGGUCGGAGCUUCAGUCUAAAGAUUAGUCUUCUGCUUCACCAGCGGGGCCAUGCCCAGGAGCGCCCCUUCUCCUGCCCACAGUGUGGCAUCGACUUCAACGGCCACUCGGCACUGAUCCGCCACCAAAUGAUCCACACAGGUGAGCGGCCCUACCAGUGUGGCGACUGUGGCAAGAGCUUCAUGCGUAAAGAGCACCUGCUGAAUCACCAGCGGUUGCACACCGGCGAGCGUCCCUUCCACUGUGCCCACUGUGGCAAGAGCUUCAUUCGUAAGCACCACCUAAUGAAGCACCAGCGCAUCCACACAGGGGAGAGGCCUUACCCCUGUCCCUGCUGUGGCAAGAGCUUCCGCUACAAACAGACGCUUAAGGAUCAUCUGCGAGCAGGCCAGGAUGGAAGUUGCAGUGGUGAUGGAGAUGUACCAGGGCAGCCGCCAGACCCCCCUGGCCUCCUCCUACCAGGGCUUGAGCCCACGGGCCUAGGGAUUGGAACUGAUGGCCUAGAAACCAACCACUGGUAUGGAGAGGGGGGUGGAGGGAGUGUUUUGUAAAUCCUUCAUCUCUUGUUUAUCCAUUAAGUGGAGAAUCCCAAAGACAGGGAGCCCAAGAUCAUUUUAAACUGGCUCUUCGGUGUAUUUUGGGCAUCAUACAUCUAACUAGGGACAUACCUGGUUGUUUGGAACUUCACAACAUUGCAAAUAAUGAAGAUACAUUGUGAAAUCUGGAGGACCUUGAAAAGAAUCCACCCACCCUGUCCUUAUGAAGAAAUUACAUGAGCUAAAAAAGUGAUAAUGUUGCAAAGAGGUUGAAAGCAAGAAAUUGGUAAAUCACUGGCAAAUAAUCCAAGUUAUUUGUAGGUUGAAGUCCAGGGGAGGGGCAGGUGGCAUGGGAAAACCUCUAAAACUUGAUACUUUCCCUAUACUAUGAAGUUGAUAGGACAUUGAGGCUUCUCCCUGACUCCUGAGUGGGUGAGGUGGUUGUGAGGAGGGGAGAGCUAGGCACGGAGCUGCCAAAUGGGGGCUGUUGCUCUCUCCUCCUGGUUCCAGCUUAGACCCACCUACUUGUACUCCUGCUUAUCUUCCCCAAAAUAGACCCGUCAUGAUGGAGAUUCCUUUUCUCCAUCCGUGUCAAUUCAAGACUUGGCCUGCUAUAAGAUUUCUUGGAUUUAAUCAAUGUGAUUUUCUUUAACUAUUCCAUCAGCCCAGGGUAAGCGAUCUGAAUUUUGUAGGUUGGGAAUCUCCUCAAGGAGAAUUGGUUGGUUUUGAACUUUUCACUGGCUUGGUUUACAGUCUUCCCUCUCUAGUAUUCAGGAUUUUACUGAAAUUUAAAAUUCCUGGAUAUUAGCAUUCUCAGCCUACAUACAAUCCCGACCCCAAAAUCUGAAAAACAGGAUUCAUUGGAGUAAAUGACAGGCCAUGUCUCUAAGGGCAUAGCCCAAGAUUUGUGACUAGGCCAUCAACUUCAAAUGUGACUACAUCUAAUGUAUACAUUUUUCUAUGUCUUUACAGAAAUAAUAAGCUGACUUUUCUCUUUCUGAUAUUUUGGACACUUGUGACUAUAGAUAGCAGAAAAGAUUACAACUCACAGCUUUCACACUAGCUGAGGACUCUCACUGUUUGUUUCACAAGCAAUGAAACUAAGCCAUUUUGGUAAUGUGGCUGGCUUCAAACCAUUAGGAGACUUGUGUGUUUACCCUUAUUUGGCCAUUCCUUGGGAAAGUGGUAAGAUCAAGAAGCUUCCUCCCUAGCUCAUAGCUGGCCCUUCCUUGUACAUAAACAGUCUGUCUGUCCCAUCCAUAUCAUGCUCUCAGGGCUACUGGCUAUUCUGUGCACAAGUUCAUUAGUUGUUGUGUAUGGGUCCCCCGGUCAUCUGGAGCAACUCAGCCCCCUGGUUGUAUUCAUCACUGAGUUUGGGUCAGUUACUUCCUUCUCUGGACCCUAAUUUACCUUUCUGUAAAAUAAGAGCAGUCCCUGUCCAGUUCACUUAGACAGCCGGUUUGAGGAACAAGUAAGACCUGAAGUAAGAGCCGUACAGAAAUGCAGAAGAAUGUGAUUGUCUGGCAGCAUGUUCUCCUUCCUGCCAAAAAACCUUUUUUAUUAUUUUUCAGCCUCUUAUGUAGGCAGAUUUGAAUAGGACAGCAGAGUCAAGGUGGAGAGACUUCUGGCUGAAGCUUGACCCACAUCUGUUAGAGUUGUAUGUACUUUCUGAAGAAUUGAGAACCUACAGAAGAUACGGGUAGUAUUCUCAUGCAGAAGCUGCAGCCCUGCACAUUAACAGGAAAGGCUUAAUUAGCAUCAGGCAGGAGGAAGGCUAACAGCUCUCUCACCAAGUACACUCUGCUCACGUUAGUUAGAGAAUACAUUAGUCCAUGGUGUUCAGUGACAGCACCUUUAGUCGAUGGUUUGAGUGAGAAGGUCAUGUCUCCCUCACAUUUUAACCUUAUCUCUUAAUCCAGAUGGCACAACUGCUUGUGACCUGGUUGAGAAAAGGUAUUUUUCUUGACCAGCUGUGAUAUUGAGCAUUUUGAACAGGAAGGCAAUGUAAUAUGUAGUGAAAAGAGCAUUGGACAAGCGCUUACAACAUCUGGGUUCUGCCAUUAAGUAGCUUUGUGACUUUGGGAAAAUCACCUCUCUGUCUCAGUUUCCUUAUCUGAAAAAUUGUUAGAUGACCUUCCAGAUCUAAGAUAUUGUGAUUCUGUGAGGCAUAGUCAGCGUACUGAAUGAAAAAGAAUGUACAGAUUUUCUAGGAAGAAGCCACAAUAAGAUGGCAGGUAUCAGGCUCUCUCAGCACUGACACAGAGUGGGAGUUUAACAUGGACUCAUGAUCAUCUCAUCCGUUCUCCUACUCCCUGACUAGUGAAGAGACCCAGGCCAGUAAUUAAAGAAAAAAAUGUUUUAUUUUUGAAGAUCAGAAUGUGGAUAAUCAAAAUGGUAGGUAAACAAAAGGACUAACCUUAUAAGUAGAAGAGUAUCUGAGGGGCAAUUUCUACAUUGAGCCUUCAUGUCUCUCACAAGGACCAAGCUGUUAGACUGGAGUUUGAAAAGGUGCUUUAAGAUAUAAAGGUCAUAAACCCUCAUAGGCAAAAAAGAUGAUCCCCAACCACAGACCCUGGAUCCAGCCAACCAUGUGUCACCUAGAUUCUCUAAAUAGUCUUCAUCUGUGACAGAGAAGUUUAACAAAUAUACUAGCCUGUCCCCACUAUUCAUCAUGCCGUCCUCCCUUUCAGUUAAAAGUCCAUGCCUCUGGGCUAGCUAAAUGGCACAGUGGAUAGAGCUCUGGCCCUGGAGUCAGGAGGACCUGAGUUCAGAUCCGGCCUCAAACACUUGA